CCACCCCGCGCGCACGGCGCAUGCGCAGCGCGGCCCAAGGGCGGGGGGCCCCGAGCCGUUGGGCACUCUGGCGUGCGAUUGGCCGGGCGGGGCGCUAGGGGGCGCUGCCAUUGGCCCGCGCGGCGGUUGGGGGCGGGACCCGCGCGGCGGUUGAGGCGCGGCCAGCGGUGACGCGGCCAGCGGUGACGCGGACGCAGUCGGCGGCCAGUAGGCGUCGGCGGUGGGCGGUUUGAAUCGCAUCGGCGAGCGCGGAGUGUGGCGGAGCCAUGCGGAGGAGGUGCGGGCGGCACCGGGACCCGGGCAGGAGGGGCGCAAGGGAGGGCGCACCGGGGCCUGGGCAAACUGGGCACCGAGCAUAAGGGGCACCGGGAACGGGACCGGGACCCACGCAAGGCGACGUGGUGGCGGCUGAGGCCGUGUCACUCCUGAACGGAGCCAUGGCGGCUCUGCGGGACAUCUGGGAGGAGAUCGGCAUCCCCGAGGAGAUGCGCUUGGAGCGUAUCCAGACUGUCAAGAGGCACAUCAAGGAAAUCUUGGACUUGAUGGUUGCAGAGGAGGAGAGUCUGAAGCAGCGUCUCUUGAAGAACAUUGCCCUGUCUCGGAAGGAGAUUGAUACACUCUGCAUGGAGCUCCAGUUGGACUCCUUUGAGGGAGAGAAGGAAAAUACCAUUCUGCAGAUGGAUAAGAAUUUGCGCAACCGUAUGGACGUGUUGCUAAAGCAGAAAGCAGACAGGAUGCACGAGCUGAAAACCCUGAUAGAACGAGAUCAAGACUUGUGCGACCUCCUCUGCACAACUCCAUUCUGCAUUGAUGGCAAUGCCGUGCCCAGCCUGGAUGACCUGGAUCGUUACAGGCAGCACUUGGCCUUCCUGAACACUGAGAAAGAGCAAAGGCAAGAAGAGUUUGUCAGCAGUAAGCGACAAAUCAUCCUCCUCAUGGAGGAGCUGGACCACACUCCAGACACCAGCUUUGAACGGGAGGUGGUGUGUGAAGACGAGGAAGCAUUCUGCUUGUCCAGGGACAAUAUUACUGCCCUCCAGGAUCUCCUGAAGCAGCUGGAAGCCCAGAGAUCCCAGAAUGAAGCCGUGUGUGAAGAGCUGCGCUCCAGGAUCAUUGCACUUUGGGACAGGCUGCAAGUUCCUGUGGAGGAGAGGGAGGCUUCAGCAGUGCACAUAGCUGGAUGCAGAGCCAAAACCAGGAAAGCUCUGCAGUUGGAAGUGGAGAAUCUGGAGGAGCUGAAGCUGCAGAAUAUGAAAGCCGUGAUUCAGGCAAUCCGGGCAGAGAUGGCCGAGUACUGGGACAAAUGCUUCUACAGUCAGGAGCAGAGAGAAGGCUUCACCCCGUAUAACGAUGAGAACUACACGGAGGCCCUGCUCGAGCUCCAUGAAGCUGAGGUGGGGAAGAUGAAGACCUACUAUGAAACACACAAAGAUCUGUUUGAGGCUGUCCAGAAAUGGGAGGAGAACUGGAAGACGUUCCUGGAGCUGGAGAGGAAAGCAACCGACCCCAGUCGCUUCACCAACCGUGGGGGGAACCUGCUGAAAGAAGAGAAGCAGCGAGCAAAGCUGCAGAAGGUGCUUUCCAAGCUGCAGGAGGAGCUGGAAAGCCGGAUCCAAGCCUGGGAGCAGGAGCACGAGGGGAUGUUCCUGGUGAAGGGGCAGCAGUUUAUGGCAUAUGUGUCGGAGCAGUGGCAGCUGUACCACCUGGAGAAAGAGAAGGAGAAGCAGGAGCGGCAACUGAAGAAAAGCCGCCAGAUAGAGGCAGAAAUGUUGUAUGGAAGCACCCCGCGCACACCUAUCAAACGGCGGAUGCUCGGCACCACCACUCCUGGCAAAGCGAGGAAGCUCAAUGGCUCUUCCAUCGCCAGUGCCACUCCCAACAGCACCGUUCGUUCUGUUUUUGGGGGAACCAUCUACCACUCACCAGUGUCUCGCUUGCCACCUUCUGGAGUGAAGCUUGGCCAGGCUUCAACUCCCAACCACGCGGCUGCGAAGAACCCCCGUUCUAGACUGAAGGAGCAGAACAAGGAGAACGUGUUCCAGCUGAACGGAACCACCCUGAGCGGUGGGUGCACUCCCACAGCCCCUGCCCAGCGUAACAACAGUGUUAGUUCUGUUGCCAGCACCUAUUCUCAGUUUGCGCGCGAACUUUCAAAGGCUGCCAGUAGCUCCAACGUCCUGAACUCUACCACCACCCACGGCUUCUCCUGAGGUGCUGCCUGCCCAGCCCCAGCUGCUUCUAGGUGUAGUGAGUCCUUGUUCCGGCAGAGCCUGCGCAGCUCCCCCCGCCUCCCAGGCUGCGGGCUUCACCUCUGCCUGGGUCCUGGGUACUGCUCCGGCCUGGCGCCCUGCGGGGGAGGGAGUUCCUGUCCCAGGGACACUUUUAAAAGCAAGUUUUUUUUCAUUCGUUGAGUUCUUGCCAAUGUUUGUGAUUGAAGAUUCAAGUAGGCUGUUAUGUUAGGAUAUUGCAGGGGGGAGCCCAGGCUCCUGCUCCUGGUAGUGCUGAGCUGCAGGCACUCUGCCUGGCCAAGCAUGCUCAGGGACAGACAGGACCUAUUCCACAGAGCUGCCUUCAGCGCUCUCCUUUGCAGGCAUUUUUCCCUUCCUUUUCUAUAGCUGUUGUCCCAUCAGCAUCAUCUUUUACUGAUGCCACAGCAGGUUGGGUCAGCGUGGGCUCACUUUAGCUGUGGUUCCCUUACCCUGCUCUGCUUGCCUCAGACUGGCUGCGAUGCAGAGGGUCUCGCCUUUCCCCACCCCCCGCCAUGAGGCUGUGGGUCCCCAGGAGUGGAGGAGCAGGACCCUCCCUAUGAGGGGAGCUUGCCUUGCUUCCUCCUGGAGCAUCGCUAGCCGUGGACACUGUGUCCUGCUGCUCCCUUUCCCCAUUCCCAAGCCUGGGGUAGCCACGACCCAAGCUCCAGUUGCAUGAGGCACCUUCCCUGCCAUUGGGAAGGGGGAGCUUGUCCUGCCCUGGGGACAAGGAGGUAUGACACAGCCCUUGAGCACAGCCUGCUUCCACUGUCUGUCUCGGAGCAUGACUUACUUGCACUUUGUUAUCACUACAGUCCCCCCUUGCUGUUAUUUAUUCUCUAUGUUCUCUCUCUUUGCUCGAGCUCUGUAAAUACUGUUAAUGAGAAGACGAAAUAAAUGUUUGUGUAAAUAGCUGCUGGUCUGUGUGUGGCUGGGGGGGCUGAAGCAGAGGGCGGCAGCCUUGGGCAUGGCUUUAGAAUUCUGCAAUGGUUAAGGUUGAAAAUCCAGUCCAUCGACACAACCCCCCUGUCCCUGCUGGAUCUACACCUUUUGAAUGUCUCCAGGGCUGGAGAUUCCCCCACUGCCGUGGGCAGCUUCUCCCAGGGCUUCACCACUCUGUCAGCAAAGACAUUUUUCCUUGUACCCAAUCUAAGCCUGGGCGUAACUUCAGGCCAUGGGGCUGUGGCAAGCUGGGAAUAUCCUUUGUAGGCAACACGAAGCACUAGCCUAGCUGUUAUGGAAAAGUAGAUGUAAU